UUGUCACAACUGCACAGCUGUUUCUUUGUUUAGUUAAUUUUUAUUCUUCAUCGUAACAGUUUCAAUUGGUGGAAUAGUGGAACAAUUCUUUCUUCUGUUGUUUUUAUGUGCGCGAUCGGGACCAAUUUAAACAAAUAAUGAAAACAAUGCGGGAUUAGUAUUCAAAUUCAUACUCAAUUCUAAAGAUUUUUGUUUGUUUUAAAUCUUUUAUUUAUUUUGUCGGAUGUGCAAGUAAAGCAAAAUAGUGAUAAAAUAUUGCCUACAAUGUAAUUACAGAAAUAGUCAAUAAAUUCUAAGUGCAAGAAAAAAAGCAAAGUUACUUUCAAAACUCAAAAAUACAAACAACACACUCAACUACAAGACUGAAAUACAAAAGUUAAACAAUAAUUAGGAAUAUUUUGCUAAAGAGAAGAACCCGCUGUCGUCAUAACGAAAACAAUUUGUGUAAAGCUGCUGCUUGGAAACGUCAGACACAAGGCCUAAGGCAGUUAAAUAACCAUUUGGAAAGCAACAACCAUUAAACAACAUAGAAUUUUGAUAAUAUGUAUGUCGCUUAAACAAAACAACCAUGAAAUAUUUAGGCUUUAGCCAGUGCUGUUGGUGAUACACUUGUUUCAACGUUUCCUACUUCCACGGAUACUUUAAUAAAACACACUCCCUCGACAAGAUUUAGGCAAGACCUAUAGCAACAUUGUGAAUAAAUAAAAAAAAGUUUAAGAUUCAGCGAUUGCUAAGUUAACGCCAUGAAGUUUGCCGAACAUUUAACGGCGCACAUAACGCCGGAAUGGCGUAAACAAUACAUAAAUUAUGAGGAAAUGAAAGCCAUGUUGUAUAUGGCCGUGGAGGAGGCCCCCUCAGUGGACAGUGUCGAGGAUGAAGUACUUAAACGCCAUUUUGCCAAUUUCGAUGAGAAUUUCUUUCACUAUUGUGAUAAGGAGCUGAAGAAGAUCAAUACCUUCUAUUCGGAAAAGUUGGCCGAGGCCACACGUAAAUUUGCCACCUUAAAGGCUGAACUGAAAACCUGUAUCGAUGAGUCUGAACGCACGGCCAAAAAAUCCAAAAAUCCCAAAAAGUCUGUCGGUCUGCCGCAUCGCAAAGCUCAAGAACUGAAAUUAGCCUUCAGUGAAUACUAUUUGAGCUUGAUUCUCCUGCAGAAUUAUCAAAAUCUAAAUCAUACUGGCUUCCGUAAGAUCCUCAAAAAACAUGACAAGCUUUUGCGGGUGGACACUGGAGCCAAAUGGCGUCAGGAUCAUGUGGAGGCCUCACAUUUCUUUACCAACAAAGACAUCGACAACAUCAUCAAUGAGACGGAGACUAUGGUCACCAGUGAACUGGAGGGUGGUGAUCGUCAGAGGGCCAUGAAACGUUUGCGAGUACCCCCAUUGGGUGAACAACAGAGUCCUUGGACAACAUUUAAAGUGGGUCUCUUUUCGGGUUCGUUUAUUGUCUUGGGCAUUGUGGUAGUGUUAUCGGCCAUAUUCCACGACAUAUCAGGAGAGAACUUAAAAGUCACCUUUCGUCUUUAUCGUGGCCCUCUACUAAUCAUAGAAUUCAUCUUCCUAAUUGGUGUCAACAUCUAUGGUUGGCGUUCGUCGGGUGUUAAUCAUGUACUUAUCUUCGAAUUAGAUCCUCGAAAUCAUCUGUCGGAGCAACAUCUCAUGGAAUUGGCGGCAAUAUUUGGUGUGAUAUGGACUCUUAGUAUGCUAAGCUAUUUAUACUCGGCCAGUUUAAGUAUACCGGCAUUUAUAAAUCCACUAACACUGACCAUCAUAAUGGUGGCGUUUUUGGUGAAUCCUUUUCAUGUGCUGCAUCAUGAUGCAAGAUUUUGGUUGCUAAGGAUAUCGGGUCGCAUGAUUGCCGCUCCCUUUUUCCAUGUAGGCUUUGCUGAUUUCUGGCUGGGCGAUCAAUUGAAUUCCUUGGCCACUGCCUUGUUGGACUUUGAGUAUCUGACCUGUUUCUAUUUCACCAAUGGCAAUUGGUUUGAGGCGCGUGAUGCCUCAAUAUGUAUGGAAAAGGAUUUCAUUAUACGACCUAUAUUUAAUUGCCUGCCCGCAUGGUUUCGUUUUGCCCAGUGCCUACGACGUUAUCGUGAUACCCGAGAAGCCUUUCCCCAUUUAGUGAAUGCUGGCAAAUAUUCAACCACCUUUAUGGUGGUCAUAUUUGCUACACUAAAAAGUUACAACAGUCGCUACUAUUCCAAUACUUUUGAUAAUCCCUAUACAUGGCUGUGGAUAGCAUCUUCUGUGAUUUCAUCAUGUUAUGCCUACACUUGGGACAUAAAAAUGGAUUGGGGCUUAUUCGAUAAAAAUGCUGGAGAAAACACUUUCCUAAGGGAGGAAAUUGUGUACUCAUCAACAGGCUUCUACUACUUUGCCAUUAUUGAAGAUCUGCUGUUGCGUUUCAGUUGGGCAUUAUCAUUCUAUAUAACAGAAAUGAAAUAUUUAAGCGGUGAUAUUAUGACUUCCAUAACUGGCAUACUAGAAGUAUUUAGACGUUUCGUAUGGAAUUUCUUCCGUUUGGAGAACGAACACUUGAAUAAUUGCGGUAAGUUCAGAGCUGUGCGCGAUAUUUCAAUAGCACCCAUUGAUUCGUCGGAUCAAACGCUAAUACUACGCAUGAUGGAUGAGCCGGAAGGGGUGAUCAAUCGUUAUACGAAAACAAAUCGUCCUAAGCCGAAAAAGACAAAAGAUCCCGAAAAGAGAAGUCUAUUGCCACCCCGUGGUUCUUUGCAGGAUCUGACCAUAGACAUGGAUGGAACAAAGAAAUUGUAAAGAGAAGGUGUCUUCACAAUUAAGAACAAACAAAUCAACAAUAAUGCAAGGUCUUAGUGAAAGUUGCAAAGCUUUCGAAAAACUUA